CCGGAAUUAUCCCGCCGGCAAUCGGUUCAACUCCGUCCUCAGCUUACUACCACCUGCUUUAAAAGCAAGGCUAUCAUCUUCAUGAACAGAGCCGAAUCUCAUCUUUAACGCGAAUCCGACUAGGUCCGAAGACUAAUAGAAUAAGAACAAUCACCUACAACAUGGCCAUCUACCACAUCGUCCUCUUCCGCCUCAAGCCCGGCGUCACCAAGGCCCAGGUCGACCAAUGGUCGAGCAUAGCGAAAGGCAUGGUCGGCCAGAUCCCGGGUCUCCGAGAACUCCACGCCGGCAGCCCCCUCGCGGCCACAGCCGCCAGAGCCAAGGGCUUCGACAUGGGACUCGUGGCGAUUCUGGAGAAGCCCGAGGAUGUACAAGCGUAUGCCGCGCAUCCUGCGCACCUGGAGGUGCACAAACUGAGAGAGGAGCUGUGCGAUGAUACGUUGGCCUACGACUUGGAGUUUUGAGGCACGGAAGUAAAUAAGCCGGGGUUCUGGUUCUGGCAGGAGGAGAGGGCUAGGAGGCUAGGACCAAGCUACAGGAUGUACUGUCAGGCAACGAGAUUCUAAAUACACGCGCUUAUCUUGCACUGCGGCUGCACAUCUGCGACGGUUAGAACUUUCCCGGCUUGCAGACCAGUAAUCCCGAGUGCAUCAGGGAUUAUUACAGCUCUUCGCAGCACCUUUCAAAUUCCCCAGAGAAAGGAUACGAGGUCAAUGGCAAGCCUUCCCGUACUUCCGCAACCGCCAAUAGUUGUACGGCAACGGGGCCAGAUAC